AAGAAGGUAUAUUUUUAGUCUGGCUGAAAGGAAACGAUAGCAGGUCAUGCUUUACUUGCAGAUGAAAGACUUUAACCGCCGGCUACCACCAUUCGCUCCAGCGAGGUUCCUGCAAGGCGUCACCACUGGGCUUUUCUCGAUGCUCCCUCGAAAAAACCAGCAAAAGAAGUGUGACAGAAUCGAUUGCACCUUCGUGGCAAUUCUUGCAGCCCUGACAAGGCUCGUUUCCUUCCUCGCGCAGCUCGCCUCCGGCAUUCCAGGUUGCUGAUGCCCUGGCAAGCAAGGAUGGAAUGGGAGAGACCCAGAUUCUCUUUCUGCUCAGGGAAACGAGAAGAGAUUCCCCAGGCUGUUCUCCCUGAGUUUUUGCAGCCGCCGCCAAGAUCCGCCUGGUGUUUCCUUGCCACUCUCUGUGUGUCUGCAGCAGAAUGAUGCUUAGGAGGGGAGGGGGAGAGGGGGGAGAGAGAGAGUUGAGGGAGCUUGCCUCUUUGCAUCUUCUCCUCCUGCUGUGGCAGUUCUUAGCUUGCCCGGGAAAUAGAGGCAGCCUCCAGAGGAUGCAACCUGGAGACCUGCAGCCAUCCUUUUCACUCUUGGAUCUUUCUCAGGGACGCUUGGACCACUGAAAGUCAGGGUUGAAGAGUCUCCAGCAAUUUCAAAAAGGUAAAGGGACUCCGUGCUCCUGGACAGAAGAUGUCCAUCUCAAGAGACCAGGCAAAAGCCAUCUCCCACCUGACAUUUCUCCCUCCUCGCUGCCUUAGAGCGGUCUGCUCGAAGCAUGUUGGUCAGGAUCGGCCCCAGCCCAUUUUCGGAACAGCAUCUUCUCGCCGUGGAGGAUUCGGGUCAGGAGUAUUCCACCCGGAAGUCACCCUCAGCUCCAUUCAUGCCUGAAGGACCCUCCGCGUCCCCUGAGCCAGACCUUCUGCUGCCCGCCAAUGCCACCAACGCCACGGACUGCGGGGAGGAUAUACUGCUGUACGGGGACACUGAGAAGGUCAUCAUCGGGACGGUCCUCUCGGUCAUCACUCUGCUGACUAUUGCGGGCAACAGCUUGGUCGUCAUCUCCGUAUGCAUCGUCAAAAAGCUCCGCCAGCCGUCCAACUACCUGGUGGUCUCCUUGGCUGCGGCUGACUUGUCUGUGGCCUUUGCCGUCAUGCCCUUCGUCAUCAUCACCGACCUGGUGGGAGGGGAGUGGCUCUUUGGGGAGGUCUUCUGCAACGUCUUCAUUGCCAUGGACGUCAUGUGCUGCACGGCAUCCAUCAUGACCCUCUGCGUCAUCAGCGUGGACCGGUACCUAGGAAUAACCCGGCCGCUGACAUAUCCCGUGAGGCAAGACGGGAAGCUGAUGGCCAAGAUGGUGUUCAUCGUUUGGCUCCUCUCGGCCUCCAUCACUCUGCCCCCUUUGUUUGGCUGGGCGAAGAACAUCACGGUGGAACGGGUGUGCCUCAUCAGCCAGGACUUUGGCUACACCGUCUACUCCACCGGGGUCGCCUUCUACAUACCCAUGGCCGUCAUGCUCGUCAUGUACAACAGGAUCUACAAGGCAGCCAAGGCCAGCGCUCAGAAACACCGCUUCAUGGACUUCCCCAGGCCUUACGAGCCAGACGGAGCCUACUGCAUCGAGCCUGGCGUCCGGCGCCAGCAUAGCACCAAGAGGAGCAAGGCCGUGGAGCAAUGCGCCUCCUUGUCCAAACUCCUCCGCCAAGACCGGAAGAAUAUCUCCAUCUUCAAGAGGGAGCAGAAAGCAGCCAGGACCCUGGGCAUCAUCGUGGGGGCCUUCACCUUUUGCUGGCUCCCCUUCUUCCUGAUGUCAACGGCCCGGCCGUUCAUCUGCGGCAGCCGCUGCAGCUGCAUCCCUUUGAGGCUGGAGAGGACUCUCCUCUGGCUGGGAUAUGCCAACUCCCUCAUCAACCCCUUGAUCUACGCCCUUUUCAACCGGGACCUGAGGACUACUUUCUGGAACCUCCUGCGCUGCAGCUACCGCAACAUCAACCGCAGGCUGUCCGCCGCAAGCAUGCACGAGGCCUUGAAAGCCACAGAGAAACACGAGGGCAUCAUCUAAGGCUGCGGGCCCAUGUGGACGUUGGCGUUUAAAAGCGUGGCGGUCGCUCACUGAGGGAGGCAGACCCUCCCUGCGGCUGCCCGCUCACACCAAGGAUUGGGGGCUCACCUGGAUGGGCACCACCAAAGCAGGGCAACGAUUACCCGGUUCCCCUGCAGCUUUGCAAAUAAGUCUAUGGAAGAUGCUAGUUCACAAAAGGACCCAAAUAAAUCUGUGCAUCUAUGGCAGCCGUUUGCGGUAUAAAGGGGAAACAAUAUUUUGCCACUUUCAAGGAUUUUCCUAGGUGUGGAAAUUGGGGAGAGGGGAUUAUAAGAUCCUAGUAAACUCCUUGUAAGGGAGAGGAAAUUAGCUGGCAAGCCAAGCGAGAAUUGUAUAUCCGAGAGGCCGUAGCAAAGUUGCUCAACAGAAGCAUUUCCCUGACCUGACACCCUCCAGAUAAUUUGGACUUCAGCUCCCAUCACCCCUGACCUUUGGCCAUUCCGGCUGGAGCUGAUGGGAGUUGGAGUCUCACGACAUCUGGAAGUCACCAGGAUGAAGAAGGCAUGACAUCUGCUGUGGAGCUCUUAUGUAAUAAUAAUACUUAACAUUUAUACAGUUUUUCACGAGUGCCCAGGGCAUUUCGCAUUCAUUUGCCUCGAUUAUCCUUACCGUACGACGCGUAAGGAUAGUCAUAGCCACUAGGGACUGAGAGAGUGGAAGCGGUUUAUGUUAACAGACCAUAGAUGAGGCAAGAUCUCUAUGUAGGGCUCUUCGUUUUCAUGGGUGCACACACUGACCAAGUGAGGACUUCGAUUUUGAGUAUGGAACCCAGCAUGCUGAGAUGCUCUUUCCCUAUCUGAAAUAAAAACAAAUAGACAAGUUUCUAGUCCUUUGGCUAGAAAGAGAAGGCAAAAAGGGAAAAGGAGCAAAAAUUUCCAAGGGACCUGACAUUAGCACCUUGUGCCUCACUAUGGAGGAGAGAAGUGGAGCCAGGCAGUGUGUCCAUCUUGGCCAGCAAUGUCUGCUCUGACUGAAUCAUAGAAUCAUAGAGUUGGACUAGACCACAAGGGCCAUCGAGUCCAACCCCCUGCCAAGCAGGAAACGCCAU